GGGAGAAGGGAAAUCCUGAAGGUGAGAGCAGAGCCAGGAGUCUAGCAGUCCAAAGAUCCUCAAGCAGCAGUUAGCAUAGCCUGAGGAAUAGCUGGGUAGGGAGCAGCUUCUGCUGCUGCCUUGGUUCAUGGAAGAGACAACCUCCUUAAAAAGCAAGUGGACUCCCUUGCCCGGGUAGUGCUCCAGAACCGAAGGGCCCUGGAUGCUCUGUUAGCAGCACGAGCACACUCUCCCAUUCUCAGGAGCAUCUGGAAUGGAGGUGGGUUCGGAGGUCACAGUCGUCAGAAGCAGUCAGGUGGUGACAAAUGAUGCCAUUAUCCCAGCAGAUGUUGUCAUCACCAAUGGCCAAAUCACUGAUAUUCUGCCCAUUGGAAGCAGAGUCCAGAGCCAGGGGGAGAAGGUGCUCGAUGUUGGUGACUUGGUGGUCAUGCCUGGCAUUGUAGACUCUCAUGUGCACAUCAAUGAACCAGGACGCACAGCCUGGGAGGGAUUCCACUCGGCCACCAGGGCUGCAGCUGCUGGAGGCAUCACCACUCUGGUGGACAUGCCACUGAACUGCCAGCCUCCAACGACCACCUUGGUCAACUUCCACACCAAGCUCAGGGCAGCCAGAAGACAAUGUCAUGUGGAUGUGGCUUUCUGGGGUGGUCUGAUCCCUGGGAAUGCUGCUGAACUCAAACCCAUGAUGGAGGCUGGAGUGCCAGGAUUUAAAUGUUUCAUGAUUGACAGUGGGGUGGAGGAAUUUCCCCAUGUCAGCAUCAAGGAUUUGCACACGGCAAUGAGGGAGCUGCAGGGAACAAACUGUGUCCUUCUGUUUCACGCAGAGAAAGAACUGGAUUUGGAGAAAUCUGUCAUUGGAGAACCCUCUGAGUACAGCACGUUCUUAGCAUCCCGCCCAGACGCUAUGGAGGUGGAAGCCAUCCGGACUGUCUGUGAGCUCUGUCUACAAUACAAGGUGAGAUGCCAUAUCGUUCACCUCUCAAGCGCGCAAGCCCUGCCAAUCAUUCGGGAGGCGAGGAGGAAGGGCGCUCCCCUCACUGUGGAGACCACCCACCACUACCUCUCCUUGGCGGCUAAGCACGUGCCCCGCGGAGGCACCCAGUACAAGUGUUGUCCGCCAAUCAGGAGCCAGAAGAAUCAGGACCAGCUCUGGACGGCCUUGCGGGAGGGUGACAUUGACCUGGCUAUCUCAGACCACUCUCCCUGCACCGAAGACCUGAAACACUUAGAAAGUGGGGACUUCCUACAGGCGUGGGGUGGCAUCUCCUCUUUGCAGUUCGGACUCCCACUUUUCUGGACCUCAGCACGGCUCAGAGGGUUUUCCCUUCAUGAUGUGGUCAAACUUAUGUGCAAGAAUCCAGCCAAACUGAGCGGACUCGAGGCUCAGAAGGGUUCCCUCUCUCCAGGACAAGAUGCCGACCUGGUGAUCUGGGAUCCAGAUAAGGAAUUUGAGGUCAAUGAAAAAAUGAUUCAGCACAAAAACAAGCUGACACCCUAUCUAGGCGUUCACCUUCAUGGAGCAGUUUUUGCCACCAUUGUCCACGGCAAGCUGGUUUACCAGAAUGGGGAGUUCUCACCACCACUCGGGAAUCUGCUUCUGGUGGAAAACGAUCAACUCAAGAAAAAUGGCACCCCCUCUUAACUGUUUUCAGGGCUCAGCUCGGGGCCACCUUGAUACCUCCAGCCUCACUCCCUACUGCACCUGUUACUUUGUACUUACUCUGUAUAUAUUUGUAACUUAAUUAUCUAUGUGCAUGGUAGUCCUCACUCUUCACUUCCCAGGAGAAUAAGCUCCCCGAGAACAAACUUUCAUUUUUGUCUUUGUCUCAUCUAUGCCUGAUAGACUGUGGGCGAUUAACAGAUGCUUAUUGGAUUGCAUUGAAUGAAUAGAGAAUAAAGCAGCAACUUCGAAA